GUCGACAACUCUUGUGUGUAGCUUCCUCAAACGCUUCCUUGUUCAGACUGAGAGGCGCGUGAAGAACCAAUGAGAUGAGAGGACAUCAGAGAAAUUGUCCAAUGAAAUCGCAAGAAAGGAGACAAGGCGGGGCUUAAGAAGAGAGCUUUACAGGCUGAAGUCUGUAGUAAACAAACUCAAACGACCAUAUGCGAGGUUCCACAUCUGGACCCAAACAUCCAAUGACAGGAAACCUUAAAAGUCCCUGAGUCCAAUCAGAAGUGACUGUUUCCUAACGUGCCUCCAUGCAAAGGACCACAGAGAAAACGGAGUUAACGCUGAUCGUGGCAUUUAUUUCAGAGCUUUUGCCGUGAUCCGAAUUGAUCCAAACGCGUCCACAUGGCUGCAAAUCCGGCUAUGCCGACAUGGGAGAGGAAAGUGCGCGUGUUUCUGUGUUUCUUUGGCUUGGUUUUGUCCGUGUAUGCCCUCCACGUCGAGCUCUCCCGUGAGAGAGACCCAGAGUACAGGGCGAUGUGCGACCUGGGGGAGUCAGUCAGCUGCUCCAAAGUCUUUACCUCCAGGUGGGGGCGUGGAUUUGGUCUGGUCCAGUACUUUGUGGGCACUGAUAGUCCUCUGAACCAGCCCAACAGCAUACUUGGCAUCAUAUUUUACACUCUGCAGUUGGGCCUCGGACUGUCUCUGUCCAAAAAGGCGGCGCUGGCACUGGUCCUCUCCUCCUGGGUGUCUCUGGCUGGCUCAGUCUAUCUUGCAUCUAUUUUGGCCUUUGUUUUGGGAGAUUUCUGUAUGGUUUGUGUGUCAACGUAUGUUAUCAAUUUUGCACUGUUCUACACAAACCUAAAACGAAGGAGAGCAGUGGAGGCAGUCAAGGAAAAAGCUGGAUAAAGUGAAAAAAAUGCAUCUUUCAAAACUUAAUGCAGCCAAACUGCUCUGAGCCUAGAAUGAAAAGUAAUUGUGUUUUUUUUUCUUUCAUUUUCAGAAAAGGCGCUACAGUUACAUAUUUUUAGCAACACUUUGCAUGUAUGAUUAAACUUUUUUUUUAUACCAUUUC